GACACUGAAGAAACUCGAAAAAAGGAAAAAGAGGAGAAGAAACGUGUCCUCUCCCGCAAUCUGUCUUUUCGGCCUACGGUGGCUGAAUUGCGAUCUCGGCGUAUUCUCCGGUUCAACGACUACGUCGAAGUAACCGAAGCUGACGCCUACGAUCGACGAACUGACAAACCCUGGACCAGGUUGACUCCCAAGGAUAAGCAGGUCAUUGUGGUGACAAGUCAGGUUCACAUUAUCGCCUCUCUGAGUCUUCUGGGAAAGAGCGGAGAACCGAUCUUCGUAGUCAUUUUCAUACAAGCUUGUACAGGCUUUGGAAAGCAUAAUAUCGACCGUAACUCAUAA